AGUGCUGAGCGUAACGUGUGAAAGGAUGCCCCGGGAAGGGGUGGAGCUUUGACCCCGGGAGCCCCAGGGAAAGGGCGGAGGGAAGGCGGGCAGCACCCGCCCCUUCUCGGGGUCCUCGCGAGCGGCUGGAGCUCUUGUCGCGAGCUCUGCGUUGGUUUCGCUCCCGCGGAAGACAGACAUGGAGGAGGCCGGCGCUUGAUCGACGCGCGCGGCCAGCCCGACACCGGCCGAUCGUCGCCCGCCAUGGCGGAGGACUCGGAGCUGGAGAGGAAGGCAGUGGAAGAACUACUGACAGAAGCCAAGCGUGGAAAAACCAGAGCAGAGACCAUGGGGCCCAUGGGCUGGAUGAAGUGCCCUCUGGCCAGUACAAAUAAAAGGUUUCUUAUUAAUACUAUUAAGAAUACACUGCAGUCCCCAAAAGAACAAGACCAGGGACCAAAACAUAAGGAAGACAAUAAGGAAUCUGAGCCAACUCAGAGCAGAGAAGAAACCAAACCAAAGAGACACAGAUCACAUCCUUACAAACCCAGCUUUCGGUCUAGGAGAAGAGUCAGCUGUUCUCCUCCUAGACACCGGAACAGGAAUCAAAAUGCAAAGGACAAGUAUGAGAAGCGAGCAAACAAAUGAUCAAAAAUACAUGCAAUUCCAAGCAAGGAAUAUAAUUACAUACUAGACUGUGGAAAAUGCUUGUUUGUCCUCAGAUAGAGAGUAUUGUUCAGUACAGAUGUCUGUGUUGAUAACAGUUUUUUUGUGGCAAGCAAACCAGUUCUUGUGAAUUUUCUCUGAGAAGUUCUUGUGUAUCUCUUUUCUGUCCCCCCCCCAUUCUGCCCCCUUCUAAUUAAACCUGUUUCCUUUCUUCAGAUAGUUGUAACUGUCUGUUGUAGUUUGUGGUUAGCAUAAGUCCUUUGGAAUAUUUUACUUUCUGGAUUAAGAUACAUUUCUGUACACUAUUUACUUUAUUUCUGAAUAUCUUCAAAGACCCUUCUUAGAUCAGCUUUGCUUUUUAAAUGUUUCUGUUCUAUAUGUACAGAAAAUCUUGUAUGGUUUUUGGUCUACAUGUAGGCAAAUCUUUCCAAGUCGAUCAAGCUUAGAACUUGAAAAGUGCUGAUGUACUUGAAUAUUACAGAUGAUUUAAGUUCAAGUAAGAUUUGUUCAAUGUAUAUUGAUAGAUGUUAUUGAGAUGUUUGCCCUCUGAGAGCAAUAGCGGCCCACUCACUUCAGACUUUGAGAAUAUUUCCCAGCAGUGAAGUGAAUGAUGGGAAUCCCUUUUUGGUCCAGAGUUUUUGUGCACAGCUGUUGCCCUGAUCUAAAAGUGGUUUUCAUUGUUUUGCAUCAGUCUAUAAUUGAUGAUGUGUGAAUCAUCACUAAUAAAUGCAACUGUGUAUGGACUUUUCCCUGCUGAGAGGUAAUGAAGAACAUGGUAUCCAAAGUGUCUGAGGAAUAAAUUGUAUCUCAAAUUGCCACGUAUUUAAAUUGCAAAACAGGAAAUUGCCACUUAAAUUCUGCUUGCUUCUUGUUACGAUUAUAUCAGUCAAGUUCUCCAUUAUUUAUCUGCUAGUAAAUUAUCUUUGUUAUUUCUUUGUGCUUUGAAAACAUCAGCUUCUAUGUUCUUAGACAAAGUUAUUUGAAUGAGUGUGUGGUUAGCUGUUUUCAAUCUUGGGUGGUUUCCUGAGUUAACAUUAAAUUUGAACUGUGUAACUAAAGCGUGUUAAAUAUUUUUUCCUUUAAAUAUGAAUAAAAUUAAACUCUUUUGAAGAA